AUGUACUCGACGCCCAAGGGGCACACGUGGGCCAAAGGCGAGCGCGCAGGGUGGCGCGUCGUGGAUGCCGCCAAGGAAGAUCCAACCAAGCUGGAGCUACCGGAUGAUGAUCAGCGGGAGCGUCCCGUGCCCGAUCGCAUUGGUGUCGAGCGUGUCGGCGGACGGCGUGGAGAACCUCUCACCGUUCAGGCGAGCGCGCUUUUCUCUCUACCCUCCUGGUUCAACGUGGUGACGGGCACACCCCGGCUCGUGAGCGUCACAUGCCUGAACACGGCGGGCGGGCUCAAGGACAAGGUGGCGAACAUCAAGGCGACGAAGGGGUUUACGUCUGUGGUUUGUCGCAUUUUUUCAGGUCACAGAGGAACAGGCCACGAAGUACAGCGAUAAUGAUGCACGCCAUAAUUGGCAGCGAUGUGAUUAGUGGCAUAUAUAUUUGUCAAAGU